CCUGUUUUCUUUCUUCCACAGGGCAUGGAGGGGACGCAGAAGGUAUGGGUGUCAGACCAGACCCAUGGCUUCAUCCUGGGCAACAUCGACGAUCUCUCAAGCGAAGGGGUGGUCGUGCAGCCCGUUGCCCGGGGAGCCAAGCCCAUCACUGCCGAUUAUGACCAAGUCUACCCAGCUGAGGAGGAGGACAACAAAGAUGUGGACGACAAUUGUGCUCUUAUGUACCUCAAUGAGGCCACACUCCUCAACAAUAUCAGACUCCGUUACAAUCGUGAUAAAAUCUAUACAUAUGUAGCAAAUAUCCUCAUAGCAGUGAACCCCUACAUCGAUAUUCCAAACCUGUAUACCACAGAUACCAUCAAGAAAUACCAGGGCAGAUCCCUUGGUCAGAUGCCCCCUCAUGUCUUUGCGAUAGCGGACAAGGCUUUCCGAGAUAUGAAGGUCCUGAAGCAGUCACAGAGCAUAAUUGUCUCUGGGGAGUCUGGUGCUGGCAAGACAGAAUCCACCAAGUACAUCCUGCGCUACUUGUGCGAGUCAUGGGGUUCCAAGCUCGGACAGCUGGAGCAGAAGAUCUUGGAUGCCAACCCUGUACUCGAGGCCUUUGGCAAUGCAAAAACAACAAGAAACAACAAUAGUUCACGUUUUGGAAAGUUCAUUGAGAUCCAUUUUAAUGAGAAACACUCAGUUGUGGGCGGGUUCAUCUCCCAUUAUCUGCUGGAGAAGUCAAGGAUUGUGGUUCAAGGGCCACAUGAAAGGAACUACCACAUUUUCUAUCAGCUCUGUGCUGGUGCACCUGAGCAGCUAAGGCAGCAGCUGAAACUAGGGACACCAGAUCAGUUUAAUUACCUCCGCAAGGGCUGCACUCAGUACUUCUGUGGCAAGGACACAGAAAAGUCCUUGGCAGCAAACCGUAAGAGUGGCAACCAUCAGAAGAAGGGACCCCUGAAGGAUCCCAUGCUAGAUGAUGUGAAAGACUUUGCAGCCAUGGACAAGGCCCUGAGUAACCUUGGACUCACCAGCCAGGAGCGACUAGCCAUCUACACAACCGUUGCAGCUGUUCUCCAUCUGGGUAACAUCUCAUUUGAGGAUAAUCCAGAGGACACGAAAGGGGGUUGCAUGGUCUCGCCUGGCUGUGAAGGUUCACUGAGCACAGCCGCCAGCCUCAUGGGCGUUGAUCCUGAGGAACUGAACCAAGCACUGUUGGCUCGCGUCAUGCAGACAAACAAGGGCGGACUCAAGGGAACUGUCAUUAUGGUUCCUCUGAAAGUGUAUGAGGCAAGUGGGGCUCGGGAUGCCCUGGCCAAGGCAAUGUACAGCAAACUGUUCGACUACAUCGUCCACCGUAUUAAUCAGAGCAUUCCUUUCUCCUCAUCGUCUUACUACAUCGGCAUUCUAGAUAUUGCUGGUUUUGAAUAUUUCCCAGUGAACAGUUUUGAACAAUUCUGCAUCAACUACUGCAAUGAAAAGUUGCAGAUGUUCUUCAAUGAGCGCAUACUGAAAGAAGAACAAGCACUUUAUGAAAAAGAAGGUCUAGGUGUUAGAAAAAUUGCCUAUGUCGAUAAUCAAGACUGUAUUGACCUGAUUGAAGCAAAAGGGAAUGGCAUUAUCAGUCUACUAGAUGAGGAAAGCAAGCUGCCCAAGUCAUCGCACACACACUUCACGGCAGCUGUCCACAAUAACCACAACAACCACUUCCGCCUGGCCCUUCCACGCAAGAGCAAGUUGAGGGAUCAUCGGGAAAUUAGGGAUGAUGAGGGCUUCCUCAUCAGACAUUUUGCAGGCGCUGUGUGCUAUCAGACGGCACAAUUCUUGGAGAAGAACAAUGAUGCCCUUCAUGCUUCCCUUGAGGCCCUAGUGCAGGAGGCCCAGAACAAGUUCCUGCAGGGGCUCUUUGCAGCAUCAGGAGAGAGCCACUCGGCCCGUGGGAAACUCUCUUUCAUCUCUGUAGCCUCCAAGUUCAAGUUGCAGCUGCAGGAGCUCAUGGACAAACUAGGCAGCACGGGCACAAACUUCAUCCGUUGUAUCAAGCCCAACGUUAAGAUGGUUGACCAUGAGUUUGAGGGUGGAGCCAUCUUGUCACAGCUCCAGUGUUCAGGCAUGACCACUGUGCUCGAGUUGAUGCAGCAAGGUUUCCCCUCCCGUGCUCCUUUCCAUGACCUCUACAACAUGUAUAAGCGUUACUUGCCCCAGGAGCUGGCUAGGCUGGAUCCUCGGCUCUUCUGCAAGUCUCUCUUCAAAGCCCUGGGUCUCAAUGAUCGUGACUUCAAGUUCGGUAUGACUAAGGUGUUCUUCCGACCAGGCAAAUUUGCUGAGUUUGAUCAGAUGAUGAAGAGUGACCCAGACAAUCUCCAGAUGCUUGUGUCAAAGGUCAAGAAGUGGUUGAUGCAGUCCAGGUGGAAGAAGGCACAGUGGUGCGCUCUUUCUGUCAUCAAGUUGAAGAACAAGAUCCUAUACCGCCGUGAACAGUUGGUCAUCAUCCAGAAGAACAUCAGGAUGUACCAGGCAAAGCAGAGGCAUCAGCCACGCUACAGAGGAAUCAUGAAAGUCAGGGGACUGCAGGGUCAACUGCAGCAGAUGUUAGUCAUCGUGAAUCAGCUGAAGAAGGACAAAGACUCCUCACUUGCCACUGUUCAGAAGCUGCAAAACAUGAUGGAGGCCCUUGUUAAGAAGAUCAAAGCUAAUGACAGAAUGACAAGGGAGCAGAUUGAGCAUGAGCAUGCUGCCCUUGUUAGGUCCAUGAACAGUGAACUGGAUGCUUUGCACAAGAAGCUCUCACAGCAGAAGAAUGCAGAGGAACAGGAGAGGCUUCGUCGCAUCCAGGAGGAGAUGGAGAGGGAAAGGCAGAAGAAGGAGGAGGAAGAGAGGAAGAGGAGAGAGGAUGAGGAGAUCAGGAAGAAGAAAGCAGAGAUGGAAUUACGACGCAAGCAGGAAGAGGAACUACGUAGGAAAAUGGAGGAGGAGGACAGGAAAGCAGCAGAGGCUUUGCAGAAACAACUGGAAAAGGAAGCAGUUGAAUCAGAGCUUUUGGCCCACCAGGAAGAACAAGAGCGCAGGGAUCAUGAACUGGCCCUUCGCCUUGCCAACGAAACCAACUCUGGGGUAGAUGAUUUGACCCCAUCACUCAAGAGAUCCAGCAUGGUUGAAAAGCAGCGGCAACAAGCAGCCAACCAGAAGUACGAUCUGAGUCUCUGGAGAUAUGCCGAGCUGCGUGAUACUAUCAACACUUCAUGUGAUUUGGAACUGUUGGAGGCUUGCCGCAGUGAAUUCCAUCGGCGCCUCAAGGUCUACCACGCAUGGAAGGCAAAGAACAAGAAACGCACCACAAUGGAGGAGAACCAGCGGGCACCAAAGUCUGUGCUGGAUGCAGGUACUUAGAGUUCAGAG